AAAAAAAAAGGAGAGAAGAGAAGAGAGAAAAGUUUCUCGUUUUUCAAGCGCAACAUAUCCCGGAUCAACCGGAACUGGCUGGAAUUUUCCGUCGUGCGUAAGACUCGUGAUGCCGUUCGCGAAUUAUUCCUCUCUUUUUUGUUUUGUUUUGUUUGUUUUUUUUCGUCAUAUUCGUUCGCGGUUGCGAGACACCGUUUGUUGCCUGUCGCGUAAUGCUGAAAUUCCAUGCAACGCGCAGACACAUAGACGCAGUUUGAUGAUUUUGUGUUUGUGCCAACGGCGUGACCAAAAAUAAAAUAAAAAAAAAUACAUAUAUAUUUAUAUAAAAGAAACUGGAAUUUAACGCUCUUUUUCAUUUCUCUCUUAUUGCCCAUGUUGCCUUCCUUGUGUGCGCAUCUGCCAUCAUCAGGAUUGGAUUUCUUGAUUGGAUUUCCCAAUCGGACAUCAACAACGAUUGAGAAGACGGACCCAGCUGCAAAAUAAAACAAAAAAAAAAAAAACAAAAAAACUCUGAACACAAAUUUUAUAAAACCGAAGUCUCGAGGAAACAACAACAACAACAAAAAAAAAAAAUCGAACCCUUUUGGAAGCAGAGACGCAAUUUGAAUGACUAGGUGUUCGUGCAGAUGGUCGGAGCUAUGGCACUGUUAUCGUCUCCAAUGUCGAUGCCGACGGGCGUCGUGGAAGAAUCGUGCAUUAGAGAACAUCCUUCACCUAGCGGAAGCGGAUCGCCCGAUGAACGCGUGCCGGCCAAUCUGCUGGCCAACGCGCAGCAACACCAACAGCAUUCGGUCAGCAAACGGCGGAGAGUAGCGGCGGACACGGCGGCCCAACGGCGCCGGCAUCGCCAACAGCGGACGGCUCAGCAUCGGCUGUCGAACGCGACGGGCAGGCGUCCGUCGCGGACCAAUCGUCGCGACAACAGCGAAGACGAAGGAGACGAGGAAAAUGACGAGGACGAAGAAGCGGACGAAGAAGAUGAUGACGACGACGAAAGAGAUGGAGACGCGGACGUCGAAGACGAUGCGAUAAUCGAUUCGCGUCGCGAGCCGCAACAGCAAAUAGAAAAUCAGAAGCCGCUCCAUCCUCAGCACCACCAACUGCCACAACAACUGCCACAACAACAACAACAACAACAGCAGCAGCAGUUGUACAGUUUGCGGUGGCACGAUUUCCAAUCGUCGAUCCUCUCCUCGUUCCGCCAUCUGCGCGAUGUCGAGGAUUUCGUCGACGUGACGCUGGCCUGCGACGGUAAAUCUUUUACCGCUCACAAGAUGGUGCUCUCCGCUUGCAGCCCUUAUUUCAGACACCUUCUCAAGGCGAAUCCGUGCCAGCAUCCGAUCGUCAUCCUGCGCGAUGUCAAGUAUCGUGACAUGGAAGCCUUGCUGCGUUUCAUGUACAAUGGCGAGGUCAGCGUCUCCAACGAACAAUUGCCGUCGGUUCUUCACACGGCCCGGAUGCUGCAGGUCAAGGGACUGGCUGACGUCCCAUCCAAACAUUACCCCAACACGAAACGAGUGUCGGAUUAUUCGAACGAGACGCCGUCGUCUCGGGAGUCGUCAACGGAGCGCCGCCCGCUGGUCGGAUUAGUGACGAACCCGCCGAGGAAACGGGUCAGAUCGCGAUCAACGUCUCCCAUUUUGGCCGGAACGGGCGGGCCGAAUUUAUUGGGUCCUGCCUCUGCCACGGUAGCGGCCGUUACUGCGACGUUGGUCACAUCCAAAUCAGAAGAAAGCGCAGGACGGACAGUUGCAGCUUCUGCAUCUGCUGGUCUAGUUGUGGUGACGGAAAAUGGCCGCAGACGAAGGACUAACGACGACGAAGACGACGAUGAUGAGGAGGAGGAGCAUUUAAACGAGUUGGACGACGAAAUGGAGGAGGACGAAGGACGCCGCCACCACCGGCUCCACGCGAAAGCCACGAUGGACGAACAGCAACAACAACAACAACAACAGCAACAGCAACAGCAGCUGCUGCUCGACGUCCACCGCGAGUCGCUGCUGAGUCAGGCGCUCGAAGGACGGUCGUCGCAGAGCUUGAUGGCUCACCUCCUGGCCGCCAGAAGGAGCGGCAACCAAUCGGAGACGAGCUCGAGAUCCGGUCACGGAGGCGGCGGCGGAGCGCGGGAACAUCACGGAGAGGACGACGAUGCCAGCGAUAGCGACAACGACACGGAUGCUUCCGAUCGCGAUCGGACGGACGUCGGUGACUUAUCCAACACGGAAGACAAUGUUUAUCCAUCAUCCGGCAUGGGGAUGGGAGAUCAUCCGCAUCACCACCAUCGAUCUUCUUCGUUGCAUCACCACGCGUCGGAGAUGAUGGUGCCGCCUUCCGGAUACGCUGCUCAUCACCAUCCGCUGCUCAAUCUGCAGAGUUUGCAUUCUCUCUUCCCACCUGGAUCCAUUCCAGGUGGGAACGGACCCAGUGGCGGCGGAGGGGGCGGACAUCACGGCCGACACCAGCACGAUAGCCACAACAACAAUAACAACAACGACCUAGCGCAGGCUACGCGACGCUCUCUCGAUCUGAUGAGAAUCAGAGCAACUGACCCGCGUCCGUGUCCUCAAUGCGGCAAAAUCUACCGAUCGGCCCACACGCUGCGGACGCAUCUGGAAGACAAGCACACGGUCUGCCCGGGCUACCGUUGCGUCUUGUGCGGAACGGUGGCCAAGUCGCGCAAUUCGCUGCAUUCGCACAUGUCGCGUCAGCAUCGCGGCAUCAGCACAAAAGACCUGCCCGUCGUCCCAAUGCCCGCACCAUUCGAUCCUGUAUUGGCUUCCUGCUUACUGGCCAAGGCCGGCGUCAAAGUUUCACCAGCGGAACUUGCGGCUCGCGCCUCACCCACCAGUGGCAACCCACGUGGCCGGACAGCCGAUCUCCGGCUCGAUUUCAAGAGCCCCCAUUCCGGCUCUUUACCUCCCGGCACAAUCCCUCCUCAGGUGACAAUCGGUGGACUGCAGUCUCAUCGCAACAAUCCGCUGCAGUUGAUUCCACUGGAACAGGACCCCGAGGACUUGAGUUUGGCCCAGCAAAGACUUCGCGGCGAUGGUGGCCGCGAUCACCAUCAUCACCACCAUCACCAUCACCGUGAGAAGAGCGAUAGAUCGGGCGGAUCGAGCGGAGGCAUGGCCACCAUUUCUCCUUACGGCUCUGCCGCUGGAUUAGUCAACCGUUUGGGAUUGUCCACCAAAAUGGGUAAACACUGGCUGGAGACGAAUAUGCAGGCUGCCAUUCAACAACAGCAACAGCAACAGCAACAACAGCAGCAGCAGCAGGCCAAUUCGCCUGGAAGUAAUCACAACGCAUCCGGCGGAGGUGGCAAUGGUGGCGGAUCAACUGGAAGCGCUUUGCUCGACACCUACCUACAGCUCAUCGCCGAGCACUCGUCCAACAUGGCCGCAGUAGCCGCAGCGGCUGCCGCUGCCCAAAAUAACACUUCCGGCGCACCCAACAAUAACAAUCACUCUCAUUCUUCCGAAGGCAAUCACGGAGAUUUGAGCCGGCCGGAAUCGGCUGCCAACAUGCUCGAUGCCUGUGUCAAGCGCAGUCCCAAAACAACGGCCGACGAUUGAAGAAGAUCUCGUGCCACUUGACUCAUCCGCCUAACUUCCCUCACAACUCCCGACACGCAGAUUAUCACACGCAGACAUGCACAAAAAUAGGAGAACAGUUUUUUAAUUUUGUUUGAUUUCAAAAAUCGUUUUUAUUUUUUGACACUUCAACUAACCUUCCAAGCGAAAUACCUCAGUAUCAGCAGCAGACAACAGAUUUUGUCCCUUCACCAACACUUCAAUCCCUCCUUAAUUAUUCACUAGUUCCGAACCUUACCUCGAAGAAUCAUAAUAACUGAAAUCAAUUGCACAGAACAAAACUGAAAUCUUUCAAGAAGAAUUUUUUCUUUUUUAAAUAGCCCGUUUUGACGACAGGAAAAACUAUCCAGUUCAAUUUCUUUCUUCCCGUCAUAAAAGCCAGCAUUUUCUCUUUUGUUGUCCAUUUUUUUUUUUUUUUUCGUCUUCUCUUCAGCGCGAUUUUUAUUUUUAAAAACUCUUUUGUUUUAAUGUGCGGGAAUAUAUUUCGAAUAUGUUUAAUAAUAUUUUGUGUUGAUCAAACGGCAAACGGUGCGAAUAUGCAGCAGAGUAAAUGCAAUGGGAUUUUAGCCCCCCGCCCAACGUGUUUGAUGUGAACCCGGUGAAUUGUUAUCGGUUACAUUCAACAUUUGUUUUCGUUUAAUUCUUGAUGAUUCAAAAAGAGGGGGGAGUUUUGGCGCAGAACUUCUUGUUCAUUGGGGUUGCUAUUAGUUAAUCAUAAUAAUUAUAAUAAUGUAAAUGUACAGAAACGUUGACGACGAGCUUAAAAGAGACAAUUGUGCGGGAGAUUUGUUUUCAUGCCACUAUUGUCUUGUUUGUCCCGAAACAUGCGCCCUGUGCCAAAUAACGAUCGGGAAAUUUAAAGAAAAGGGAGGGGAAAAGUAAUUAUAUUAUAACGCAACACUCCGCGAUCUGAUUGAGAUCGAGGUUUUAUAUAGCGAUACAUAAUCGACAGAAGAACAGAUAUACGUGAGCGAAUGGCCUUAUGUAACUUUCCACGCCGAAAAUGUGAUCGUUUCUCUUCACAACACAAACAGACAUCCAUUACGAAACUACUUGACCCAUUUCUUCUUUUUUUUUUUUUCUUUAAAUCACAUAUCCGCCUGCGCUUAAUUCCCGUAGCAACACACACACAUUGCUCUUCUCAAUCCGCCCCGAAAAAAAAAAAUUGUUAAACAUUCAACUACUUGCAAGACAAAAAAAAAAAAAAAAAAAAAAGAAAA